GGCCGGGCCGGGCAGUGAUGGCGCUGGGGGGCGGCGGGGGAUGGACGGCCGUGGUGGUUCUGGUUGUCCUGCUCCUCUUGCUCGUCGUGUUGCCGCCACUGGGCGCAGCCUCAGCAGCCGCCCUGCCUGUAGUCAUCAACACCUGGGCGUUUAGUACGGCCGCGGAGACAGCUUGGAGAGUCCUGGAGUCAGGAGGUUCUGAGCUGGAUGCGGUUGAGAGAGGCUGUGGGCAGUGUGAGAUUGAUCAGUGCGAUGGGAGUGUGGGAUACGGAGGAAGCCCAGAUGAAAGUGGAGAAACAACUCUGGACGCAAUGAUUAUGGAUGGCAACACUAUGGAAGUUGGGGCUGUUGCGGAUCUCAGACGUGUAAAAAAUGCAAUUGGUGUAGCACGAAAGGUCAUUGAAUACACUAAGCAUACAUUAUUAGUGGGAGAGUCAGCCUCCCUGUUUGCUGUAAGAAUGGGGUUUCCAUACGAAGAUUUAACAACCCAGAAAUCACUUUCGCUGUAUUCAGAGUGGCUUAAUCAAAGCUGUCAGCCAAACUACUGGAAGAAUGUGGUACCAGACUCUUCAAAAUCCUGUGGACCAUAUAAACGGCCUGGAAAAGUAACUUAUAAAGAAGAACAGACCAUCUCACAAAGAAGUGUUCAGAACCAUGAUACUAUUGGUAUGGUUGUAAUUGGUGCGAGUGGAACCGUUGUUUCUGGGACAUCUACUAAUGGUGCAGUCCACAAAAUUCCAGGCCGUGUUGGAGAUUCUCCAAUAGCUGGAGCAGGAUCCUAUGCGGACAGUACAGCUGGAGGAGCUGCAGCCACUGGGAAUGGUGACAUUAUGAUGCGCUUCUUACCCAGUUAUCAAGCUGUGGAAUAUAUGAGAAUGGGAACAGACCCAACAGUAGCCUGUCAGAAAGUCAUUUCCAGAAUCCAGAAGUAUGCUCCAAAGUUCUUUGGUGCUAUCAUUUGUGCCAAUACAACUGGAAGUUAUGGUGCUGCAUGUAAUAAAAUUCCAGGAUUCACUCAGUUUCACUUCAUGGUUUCUAGCCCUUUACUAAGUCAACCAACUGAGCAAGUAGUAGAUUGCAUUUAAUUUCUUUUGUCCUAUUAGCAUCUCAGUUUAGAAGAGGAAAGUGCUAAGGUUCCCUAGGAGUUACUUUUUAAAAUGGUUGUUUCAAGCAUCUGAUGGCUCAAGUGAUCUGUUUGUUUUCCUGAGGACUGAGUAGCUAAAAGUAAUGAAUAGUAACCAUUGAACAGGACCUUUGCUUUGCCAUUUAAAAACAUAUUUUUCAGAAAUCUCAAGUAAAGGGCUGCAACCAUGACUCUACACAGGAGACUUAUUUUGAGACUACUUAAUUCUCUUUCUAAGAUUUAGUCUAGGUUUCCUUUUCUCUUGAAAAUAAAAUUGCAUAAAAAUGCCGACAAGCAAGGAAAUGGGGUUGAAGAGUAGUGGAGACUAUUUCAAAGCCUUAAUGAAGAGAUAAGAAGCAUCUCCUUAUGGACCAUUCUGACUUGUUUCACAACCGCUGAGAAUACAUUUGAAUAGAGAGAACAUGCAAGCAUCCCUGGUAGUACAAACCUUCAAGGAAUAUUGUUUGACUCUGAUUGGAUAUGAAGACAAUUGGAAAUCUUCCUGUCACCUGGUUUCUGUAGUGGAAGUUAAGUUAUGAAUCAUAGUCACAGUGAUUUCUUUGUCACUAAUAUGCUGUGCACUUGCCCUUUCCUGUAGCAUAUUUACCCCUGUAAAGGGGCAGUUGAAUACCUAGAGUUUGACAGUUACCUACAGUUUGGGUUUUGUCACUUUUUGUGUCUAGAGACAGAAGGAUUCAUUUGUAAUAGAACUCCAGGAUCUAUGAGGAUUGUUCCAUAGGUAUUUGAAGAUCUGUUUGAUUAUUCUCUUAACUUGGCAGCCUGCUGAUCAUUUGAUUGAAUCUGUUAAACUUGAGCUAGGAAAAUGUGAAAGGUGGGAGCAAAUAAAAUGAGUGUGUCUUGUCACUUUAAUUAUUCUUUGUCUACUUGAAUAAAAUGAUUGGGUAAUAAAAGCACACCUUAAUGUAUCAUGUAUAAGUAAGUUUGUUUAGAUGCUUGUGUACCUUAGAGUGAUUGUUCCAAGUUGGUAUCUUUAAAAGCUGGAAAUAAACCACUCAAACUAGAAUAGCUAUUUUCAAUGGCCUGCUGUUGAAAUUCAUCAACAAAGUGAUUUAUUCAGAGGAUUCGCUUCUGUCACUGGGUCUUUGGAGCAUCUUGUAGCACAGAAUUCACUGCAGGCCACAAUAAGCUCCAAGUGAGUAUAUCUGUAGUGGUUUAAGAUAAGUUUUUUACUUGUCCUACUUACAACGUUCUGCCAUGACUGCUCUAUCUUCAGAUAACUCAGGCAGUCAAAUGCAAAUAGAUUAAUAAAAUCCCAGUGGUUGUUACAUUGAAGAUUGCAUUGUGGAUUAUAAACAUAGGAGGUUCUGUACUGGGGGUUGAGCAGUAAUGUCUCAAAGUGCUGCAGCUGAAUCCACCAGGACUCAUUCGUGAAAGAGGUUGGGAACAUCCAUGGCACGCUUUCUAGUGUGCUUAUGUCACUGUGCUAGCUAGUGUAUGGCAGUGGAGGUUAUGGGUGCCCUGCAACAGUGUACCUUGAAGUCACUGUUGCAGUGCUAACUCCCUGUGUAGUCAGCUCCUCUGUGCUGGAUGACAGCUGGCUGAACGUGAGCCAGGUGGCCAAGAAGGCCAAUGGCAUCCUGGCCUGUAUCAAAAAUAGUGUGGCCAGCAAGACUAGGGAAGUGCUUGUCCCUCUGUACUCAGCACUGGUGAAGCCACACCUCGAGUGGUGUGUCCAGUUUUGGGCCUUUCACUACAAGAAAGACACUGAGGUGUGGGAGCUGUAUAGAUAAGAGCAAUGCAGCUGGUGAAGGGUCGAGAGAGUAAGUCAUGUGAGGAGUGACUGAGGGAGCUGGGAUUGUUUAGCCUAGAGAAAAGGAGGCUCAGGGGAGACCUUAUUGCUCUCUACAGCUACCUGAAAGGACGUUGUAGCAAGGUAGGGAUCAGCCUCUUCUCCCAGGUAACUAGAGACAGGACAAGAGGAAAUGGCCUUAAGCUGUCCUAGAAGAGGUUCAAGUUGGACAUCUGGAAGAAUAUUUUCACAGAGAGGGUGCUCAGGCAUUGGAAUGGGCUGCCCAGGGAAGUGGUGGAGUAACCACCACAACACUGCAAGUGUUCCAUAAAUGGCUGGAUAUGGCACUUAGUGCUACAGUUUAGUUGACAUGGUGGUGUUUGGUCAAAGGUUGGACUUGAUCUUGGAAGUCUUUUCCAACCUUAAUGAUUCUGUCUUAAUUACUUGUCUCCACGAGAUGUAGAUACUAAUCCAUGUGGUUUGACAAUGUAGGUUGUUUUGUUAUGAUGAAUUAGUUAAAAUGAACAGGUUAAUUUUUGUAAAUUAUUUUGAUAUAUUUUUGACAGUGUAUUAUAAUAUUAAGAAUGCAGCAUUCUGAUGUUUUUAAUUCUGAAUUAAAAAAAAUAAAAUGCUU